UCGUUGCAAGAGCUGAGAGAAGUACCGUCGUCGGCUGACUGACUUGCUGCCCAACUCCCCCGCAAUGGCGCCUCGCAAGGUCAUCCCAAUCAAUGAGGAUUGGCAGUUUGGAAGAACAGAUGUUGAGGAACCUUCAUUUCUGCCCGUUUCCCAAUUCCCUACAAACGUCCAUCUCGAUCUCUUGCACCACAACCUCAUUCCUGAUCCCUUUGUUGGAAAGAAUGAAUUGGAUGUGCAAUGGGUGGGGGAGGUGAGGGCUUGGCAGUACCGCACCUCGUUCAAGACUCCCAAGAUCGGCAGCCAUGAAAAGGCUAUUCUCGCCUUUGACGGCCUGGAUACCUUUGCUCAGGUGCUUCUGAAUGACAAGAAGAUUCUCGAAACAGACAACAUGUUUAUCCCUGAGCGGGUGGAUGUCACUGCGCUUCUCAACGAGACAGACAACCAACUCGUCAUCACAUUUGACAGUGCGUAUCUGAGAGGAUGGGAGCGAGUUGAAAAGAACCCUAGUCACAAAUGGGGCACCUGGAACGGAGACCACUCCAGACUGGGAGUUCGAAAAGCGCAAUAUCACUGGGGCUGGGAUUGGGGUCCAACGCUGCUGACUUGUGGGCCCUGGAAGCCCAUCAACCUCGAGAUCUACGAGUCCCGCCUGGCUGAUUUAUACGCAACCGUCACUGUGGAUGACUCUCUUGCUAGCGCCAAAGUUGUGCUUCAUGCAGCGACCGAGGGGAAGGCGUCCAAGGUGCGGUUCAACCUCUCACUGAACGACACCGUUCUGAGCGAUACUGUGGAUGUCACAAAAGAUGGAAACGCAGAGGCUACCUUCAACAUUAGCAACCCAGAGCUGUGGUAUCCCGUUAGAUAUGGAAAGCAGCCGUUGUAUAAAGCUACGGCGACACUGCUGGAUGGUGAUGAUGAAUUGGAUGUUGCAUCGAAGAGAAUAGGCAUCCGAAAGGUAGAGCUUGUUCAGAAGCCCCUCAAAGACCAACCAGGAACGUCCUUCUUUUUCAAGGUGAACAAUACUCCGAUAUUCUGCGGAGGCAGUUGCUGGAUUCCAGCCGACAAUUUCACUCCUCGAAUCACCAAAGAGAAAUAUCAGAACUGGGUCAAGCUCAUGGUUGAAGGCAAUCAAUCCAUGCUGCGCAUCUGGGGCGGUGGUAUUUAUGAGGAUGAGAAUCUCCUUGAUGCAUGUGACGAACAAGGAAUCCUGGUCUGGGUUGACUUCCUGUUUGCCUGCGGAAACUAUCCUUGCGACCCAGAGAUGUUGCAAUCUAUCGAAAGAGAAGCAAGAGAGAACGUCAAGAUCAUGCGACACCAUCCUAGUAUUGUCAUUUAUGCCGGCAACAACGAAGAUUACCAGUUUCAAGAGAGCGAGGGGCUCACCUACAAAGUCGACGACAAGGAUCCUCAAAGCUGGCUCAAGUCAGAUUUCCCGGCCCGCUACAUCUACGAGCACCUUCUCUCGCAAGUGUGCCAGGACCUGGUGCCCGAGACGUUCUACCACUAUGGAAGUCCUUGGGGAGGCAAGACGUCGUCUGAUCCAACUGUAGGAGACAUUCACCAAUGGAAUGUAUGGCAUGGCACUCAAGCAAGGUAUCAAGAUUUCGACAAGCUGGGAGGAAGAUUUGUCUCUGAAUUUGGCAUGGAGGCUUUCCCAUCUAUUCGAACCAUUGAUGCUCUCUUGCCCCAAGGUAAAGACGACCCAGAUCGACACCCGCAGUCAGAUAUUGUGGACUUCCACAACAAGGCAGAUGGUCAUGAGCGGCGCAUUGCUCUUUAUCUCGCAGAGAACAUCACAUUCACAACGAGCCCACUGGAGCAGUAUGUCUACUCUACCCAGCUUAUCCAGGCAGAGUGCUUGUCUUCUGCAUUCCGACUCUGGCGUCGUGAGUGGAAGGGCCCUGGACGGGAAUACACCAGCGGAGCUCUCUUGUGGCAGCUGAAUGACUGCUGGCCCGUGACUUCGUGGGCCAUCUGUGACUACUACCUGCGACCAAAGCUGGCCUACUAUACCGUGAAGAGAGAGCUCAAUCCCAUCACGGUCGGAAUCAAGCGAGUUGAGCACCGUCACCCCAAAAACAAGUACACAAGAGUCGAAAUCGCCGUCAACACUAAGCUUGAGAUUUGGGCUUCCAACUUUACGCUCGAUGAUGUCAAGGUCGACUGCGUCGUCAAGGCAUGGGACGCGGAGACGGCUGAGGAAGUCUUUAGUGAGACUAUCGCAUCGUCACAACAGUUGCCCGGCAAUCAAGCCACUGAGUUGACGGUCAUCGAUGUUCCCGUUAAGACUCCUAACGCUGGGCUCGAGGGUCGCACUGUUGUUGCGGCAUACCUGUACCAGGAUGGCAAGCUGCUUGCUCGAUACGUCGACUGGCCACAGCCACUUAAGCAUGUGCACUUACAGCAGCCUCAGAACUUGGUGGCGAAGCUCUCCGAAGAUGGUGCUUCAAUCACACUAAGUUCAGACAAACCAGUCAAGGGCGUCGCUCUGGAGUCUGAAGAUGAAACGGUCAAGUUUGACGACAACCUGAUUGACCUCGUUCCAGGGGAGGAGGUUACUGUGCGUGUGACAGGCGCUUCGAAGAGCACUGUGAUUUCGACAAGGUACCUAGGAAUGCGCAACUAGACUAUUGCUCCUAGUUUUUCGUAUCAUAGCUUAAUCAAUGUACAUGUAUUG